AUGGACCCCUCCGAUCAAUAUGAUGAUUUGAACGCCGCUCUUGCCAAUUUCAAUGAGUACCCUGCCAACCUCUUGCGAUCAAAGUCCUUUAAGCAUGACUUGGUGGCAUACAACGAGGCUCUCCAACAGCACGAGUUGCGCUUAUUCGAUGAUGACCCUGACUUCUCUGGGGUGAAGCUUCUCGAAGCGUGUGAUGGUGGUGACUACGACCCAGUGAAGAGGUACAGAACCGUGGAUGAAUUGAGGGAGCACUUCCAGAUUGAGGGCAAGGACCCGCAAUGCCGGCAUGUCUUCAUAACGGCUGACCAUUCUCGUGCACCUUUGGAUUGCUCGAAGGAAGCAUUCGCAUAUACUCUGUCAUUCUUACAAGCAAUGCCCCGAUUUCUUGACCUUGCAUUCACCUUUGGAGAACAGGUGGAAGAGAAAGACUUUCACUACACUGCGUUCAACGCGGAAAGCUUCCUUGACGCCUCCGGUGCCAACAAGUUCUGUAUCCCCAGACUGGGGAGAUCAGGCCGUGAGAUCAGGCACUGUUUCAAUCUCUGGUCUGUUGAAAAGUCAGAGACUCCUCCCUACUGGCCGAUCCGGCAAGCUGCGGUCUAUCACUCCUUCGACGUGUGCACCGGGCGUAACGUGUGGAUUAACAUCAAGGGGAACGAAUUGAUGCAGACACGCAUCGCACAAGCGCUUGGCUCCACGAGCCAGCUGCAGCCUCGAUCACUUGAGACUACCAGUGAUUCCUUCUCUGCAUCUCUUCUGACACUUCUUAUCGUGUUGGAAUGGAGUGGUGAGAAUUGGAGGUCACUGAUCAGCGAGCUGGAAAGUCAGCUGAGCGAUAUACUGACGAAGGCUAAAAACGCCCCUUUCAAGAGCAUUGAGGAGGCACUGAGCUUGGACCCGGACAUUCUCAUUCAGCAUCUGAACUCCACUGAAGCAGCUUCUGGGAAAUUGUCUCGUCGUACCAAUUCGGACAUCCAUGCCAAGACACCCACGAGAGCUGAUACCAUUCGCAGCGUCUGGUCGGCAGUCACCCCGAAACGAAUCCUUAGUGGUGUUUCUAAAGCUUCGACUGGCGUAGAAGCAGAUAUACAGGACUCUCCAGCACCAAUUGAGACAAAAACUCCACCGACGCCGCUCAAGCCUCUCCUGAUACCCUCUACGUUGCCACAGACACACUUCGAAUCCGAGACCGUUUAUCAGAGCAAGUUCAGUGUCUUCCAGGAAUUCACCAUGGACGGCCUGCAAAAGCUGACAAACAUCGCCGCAAAGCUUCAUGAAUUGAAACUUGUGAUGAAGCUCAAUGCGGAAGUCAUUAACGAAAUAGUGGACUACUACAAAAUGUUGGCUGGAAGCAAUGACAUUCCUGUGGAUAUCAGGAAAGAUUGCGCUGCAGACCUGAACGAUUUUUAUCGACGCGCAAGGGCAGUUGUCCGAGGUCUGGAGAUGGAGCAGUCUCGAUCCGAGACUUUAAUGAGAAUGUUCGAGGACGGCAAGUCGUUGUUCGACAAUAUCCUUCAGUUUCGCAAUAUGGAGAUCAGCAAACUCUUCGCAGUCAAUGCUCAUCAAAGCGGGAAGCAUGUGGAGAUGAUGACGAAUGACAUGCACCAGUCGAGCCUCGAAAUGGAGAUGAUGACGAAGAGUAUGAAGGGAGUGGCAGAGAAGACGGCAAUACAGACCUCAUCCAUGCACAUAAUCACAUUGGUCACGCUCUUCUUCCUCCCUGCCACAUUUGUUGCCACGUUCUUCAGCAGCGGAGCAUUUCAGUGGGACCAAAACGCCCCAGAGGCAUCGUCGAUGCCUUUUUGGAAAUCGAAGUUCUUUGCAUUAUUUGCAGUUAUCUGCUUUCCAAUGACUGGAGCCAUCAUUUGUGUUUGGUGGGCUCUGUACUGGAGGGCAAAACGAGUAAACCGCCAGGUUGGUCCAGGGGAUGAGGAGCAACAAAAAAUUGUAUGA